AUGCCUGCAACACCUUCUCUCCUUAUCCUCCACCCGCGCCUCACCUUCUCUCUCCGCCACUUUUCUUUCUCCUCCCCCUCUUUUCGAACUCGCAGACUCGCCCUCCUCAAAACCUACUGUUCUUCAUCUUCAGCAGCUAACCUCAACGAAAAUGCCCGGUCCGGCCGGUCCGGUUCACUCUCUUCUCCACCUACUCCUCCUCCUUCGGUCCUCGACUCCGUACAGAGAAUCGACGUCAAUCCUCCCAAAGGCACCAGAGACUUCCCUCCCGAGGAAAUGCGCCUCCGUAACUGGCUUUUCCAGAAUUUCAGAGAGGUUUCUCAAAUGUUCGCAUUUGAAGAGGUUGAUUUCCCAGUGUUAGAGUCUGAGGCGCUUUUCAUUAGGAAAGCUGGAGAGGAGAUCAGAGACCAGCUUUACUGUUUUGAGGAUCGGGGAAAUCGUCGAGUUGCGUUGAGGCCUGAACUUACUCCUUCUCUGGCUAGGCUUGUCAUACAAAAAGGAAAAUCUUUAUCCCUCCCAUUAAAGUGGUUUGCUAUUGGACAGUGCUGGCGUUAUGAAAGAAUGACCAGAGGACGGCGUCGUGAGCACUACCAGUGGAACAUGGAUAUCAUUGGUGUAUCCGAUGUAACAGCUGAGGCUGAGCUUAUUUCUUCUAUUAUCACCUUUUUCAAGCGAAUUGGGAUCACGGCCUCAGAUGUUGGGUUUAAGGUGUCUAGCCGGAAGGUGCAAAUGGAACCCUUUUUGGUUGUGUAUGAUUUUAGUAUCCUAGACAACAUAGAUGAUGACCUCGAACUUCCUGCGGAUAGGUUAAAGCAGGGCCUGCUGGGCUUGCUUCUCGUGAGUUGGGUUAGCAAAUUGGAAAGGGGCUCAUUAACAGGGUGGGCUUUUGGGGAAGUGGAUGGAAGGUGGGGUCACUUAGUGGCUAGGAAUUUUAUGCUCCAUACACAAAGAGAAAGGUUGGCGGCUGUUCUCGGCACUGUGAGGAAAAUCAGAUCAAUUAACUUUUGGUCGUUUGUGGAUUUUAAGAUAAGGAUUAAGGGCUUAUCACACUAUGCUCUUGGGGUUAAAGUUUUACAAGAAGUUUUGAGGUGCUAUUCCAUACCAGAGAAUCUGUUUGGAAAGGUUUGCAUUAUUAUAGACAAGAUAGAAAAGAUUCCUAUUGAUGAAAUCAAGAAAGAGCUGAGGUCUGCUGAGUUAUCAGAUGAGGCUAUAGAGGAGCUAUUGCAAGUACUCUCUCUUAAGUCUUUGACAAAGUUAGAAGAGAAACUUGGAGAAGCUGGGGAAGCAGUUGCUGAUCUGAAGCAACUAUUUUCACUUGCUGAAAAUUUUGGAUAUUCUGAGUGGAUUCAGUUUGAUGCAUCUGUUGUCCGUGGUCUAGCCUAUUAUACUGGAAUAGUAUUUGAGGGAUUUGAUAGAGAAGGGAAGCUGCGAGCCAUUUGUGGUGGUGGGCGGUAUGAUCGCUUACUCUCUACUUUUGGAGGAGAUGACAUUCCUGCCUGUGGCUUUGGAUUUGGUGAUGCUGUAAUAAUUGAACUGCUCAAGGAGAAAGGCCUUAUACCAGAAGUUGGUCCCCAAGUGGAGAAUAUUGUGUGUUAUCUGGAUGGUGAUCUCCAAGGUGCAGCUUCUGCUGUUGCUACCAUUCUGAGAGGAAAAGGGCAAAGUGUUGAUUUAAUAUUGGAGAAUAAACCACUUAAAUGGGUGUUCAAACGGGCAGCACGGAUAAAUGCACACAGGCUAAUAUUGGUGGGAAGUUCUGAGUGGCAAAAAGGUAUGGUUCGUGUGAAAAUCCUUUCAUCUGGUGAACAAUAUGAAAUCAAAGUUGACGAACUAGAGUGA